ACCGUGAACUCUUUUAAAGUCGGUUUUGUCUUCUGCAUGAGGAGAUGACGUCUCAUAGCCGAGUUUUUGAGCAUAUUUUUGGAAGCAGCCUAGUACAAUCUUUUGAUGGGUGAGGAAUAUUCUCAUUGGUUUAUAGUAUUUUAAUUGAUUCACUAAUACAUUUUUGCUUUUACAGUCAAUCUGGCAACUUUGAAACACUGCUAAGUUGUGCAAGCAAUCAUUUGCAAUUGCUUUACUACUGUCCAGAAAGAACAGAACAUAAUGGCAAUGGGCGCAUUGGAAAUGCAAAUGUUAGUUUUGAUUUAUUGGAGCUUUCUAAUAGAAUUUCCCUUUUUGACUCCUUAAAACUUAUAGGAGGAAAUGGCAGUAUGAGGUGCUCUUGCUUUCUACAGGAGUCAUGCAAAUUGGAUGGGUCACUUCCAACUCCAAAUUUGGUCCUGGGCAGGGGGUAGGAGACACCUUUGAUUCAUAUGCCUUUGAUGGGAGUAGAGUCCGGAAAUGGAAUAUAUCAGCUGAGGACUAUGGAGAAAAAUGGGAGGAAGGUGACAUUAUUGGCUGUUGCAUUGACCUUGAUGAGGGCUGUCUGGAGUUCUUCAGGAAUGGAAGAUCAAUGGGAGUGGCCUACCGAAAGAUUCAAAUUGGUCCAGGAAUAGUCUACUUUCCAGCAAUUAGCUUGCAGCAGAAGGAGGGUGUGAUUGCAAUAUAUGGCUCCACUCCCCUCAUCUACCCUGUUGAAGGUUUCAAUCCAAUUCAAGAACCGCCCCAUAAGGCCCUUGCAUCAGUAACAUACCUCCUUGACUCUACGAGUAAACUACUUUCCUUAAUGGAUAGUCGUGCUGUUGCACCGGACAAUGGCCCAGAAAUAUCCCAUGAAGCAGUUUUGAUGGAAGCAGGAAAGAUAUUGAUCCCAUGCCUCACUUCAUUUUUUACAAAUUCUUAUGUAGUUGAUGCAAAACUAAUACCAUUCUUAAAAGCUCUCUGUGAAGCAGAAAACAUGAAUGUCAAUCGAAGCCAUUUACGUCCAUCAGCUCGUGUCACUAAAAACAGUACAUCAUGCUCUAACAAUACCCAAAAAAUGAAUACUUUCUUAGACCUGAUCUGGUCUUUUACAGAGAGAAGUUAUUUGAAAGACUGGACAAAUACUUUAGUAACAAGGCUUGCAUCAAAAUUUCAACACAAUUUAAGACCAUUAUUGCUAGAGUUUUCUCAGCAGAAAGAUGCCAUUUUGAUUCUGCACAGUUUGCUGAAUCAUACCAAGCUUCGUCAUUUCUUGAUGACUCAUGUACUCUUUGAGGGAAUCAAAUUUCCAUUGUUUAUGAACAUUAAACUGCCAUCCAAUGGAAGUACCUCAUUUUGGGAAACUGAUCCCUCAAUAAAGUUAAAUACUCGUGCAUACACAGCUGCAGUUAACAGAAUCAGCAAUGGCAUAAACAGUCUAGAGGAAAUGCAAGUGGAUAUGCUCCUGACUCUACUGGAUGACUCAGAUGGCUCAUCUACACAACAUUCCUCACGGAGAAUAUUUUUGGAUAAAUUUAGGUUGCUACGUCGUCAAUUUUAUGCAUUGUAUCGAGUUGAAUCAUUUAAAAGUCCUGGUAGCCCUGUCUUUCUCUUGUGGCCAUUCUUUCUUCGUCUUUUGCGUGUUUUAGAACUUCUUUGGCCAAGAGAAAUUGGUAGUCCCAUUCCAGAUGUGGUACCUUCAGCCAAAUUUUAUGAUGGGUCUAUCUCUUACUAUGAUAUUGAUCGACUAGGAGGAGUACUGUUGUACUUAUUCAAGACAUUUCUGAAUGAGUUGGAACGAAGAUUUGGUGUUUCUCAACUAGCAAUGCUGACACAGAUUGAUACUCGACAAGAUGCUCAUUCUGUUGUAGAUUCUACCACUUCAACUUUUAGGAACCUUACUGGACCAAUGGAUUUAAAUAUUGAACCUUACUCUGAUCAGCUUGAAACAACGGGCACAACCCAGAAUACUCGUCAGAUAGAGCACUCUAUGGAUGCACAAAGCUUUCUCUCCGAUAUUUUGGAUGGUCUUAUUUUAUUUUACCACAUAGCCAACAGAACUGAUUCAUUGACUGAUUGUAUAAAUCUUAGUCAAAAUAGAGUUAAAGAUAUUGUCCAGUGUCUCACAGAAACAAAAGAUACUAUAAAGUGUUUUCAUUCUUCAUCAAAACAUGAGCCAGAUGUACUGAAGGCUUUAGAAUCAUCAUACAAUGUGCUUCUUGAACAUCUUCAUCACGCGACUUCUCAUCUUGCAGCACUUCAUGCUAUGAGAUAUCCUUGUAGGCACUCUUGGUUAUUCAAAGUCGUUCUGAACACAAUGGUCACAUCCGCAGAAGAUGAAAAUCUCUUCAAUUUUGUACCAGAGUUUUAUUUGGACUGCCUGCUUGACAUGCUGAAGACUCUAAGUUUUGAAGCUAAGCCUACAUUUGUCUCUUUAGAGGAGACUCCAGAUCGAAACCAGCUUACCCAAAGAGCUGUGCAGUUCAUUUGUGAACAUGUAGAUGACCAGCGUAUUCGUAUAGCUAAAGCAAAGGAUACACUUUUGAUUGCUCUAUUAGACAUUGUUACCACUCCGAAUCUGGUUGAAGUUUUACAUGCCAUUCCAAAAGCAAGCCAAAUGAAUAUGAUAAAGUUUCUUUUGCAACCCUAUGAAAACAGAGCUUGGGCCAGUAGCAAUUGGAUUCUAGUUAGAAUAUGGCAUGGGUCCCAAGCAUCAUUUGCGUCUAGUGGCCAUUGGUCACAGUACCAUAAAUAUAAACUAAAACCAAGACCUCUGUCUUAUCCAAUAAACCCUCCUGGUCUUGAGUGUGACCCAUACCCUUCAUAUCCACUUCAAGAACUAAUUCAGAGCAUCCUCACAAGUGAAUCUGAAUUAGCUAUUUCUUUUUUAAAUUCUGUUCUCAAUCAGUUGAAUUGGGCCUUUUCAGAGUUUAUAGGAAUGCUGCAAGAGUUGCAGAAUGCGUCCAAUCGUCAGGAGAGAGUCCUAGUGGAGUCUCGACAACUUAAAAUUUGUGCAACUUGUUUUGAUCUCACCUUAGCCCUGCUAAGAGUGUUGGAAAUGGUAUCUACACUGGCCUUGCCAGUCUUUGUAAGUCCUGACGAGCCGAAGUCCUACUUUUUACUUGCCCGUCUCUGCCAGUUGCUCUGUCAAGUUUUGAAUCGUGCCAGUUCUCAGGAUGGUUGCUUUCAUCACAUAACAACCCUUGAGAUUCCAGGUCUUGAGAAUGUUGAGCACCUUCCCAUCUUAACAGCAACUUGUGGAAUUAUCCUUGCAAUUCUUAAGGAAGAUAUAGAAAAUUUCAAAGAAGAAAUAACUGUUCCCCUAAGUGUAUCUGUUCCAAAAGUCUCUAAAACAUUGUUAGUGGAACCAAGUUUUCAAUUAUCCUCAUUUACAUUUCUUACGGAGGAGAACCCCCACUUAUUUUCACUUAAAUACUACAAGGAGCACAUAAAACCUGAAGAAAUGGCAAAGGUUAGCAAGAUGCUGACAAUGCUUACCCACUAUCACCAUAUACUGUCUCAAACAAAUGCAGUCCCUGUUGAUGAAGAUGAAAUGUGCACCAUCUGUUUUGCCUUUCCAAUAUCAACAGUCUUUGAACCAUGCAAACAUCAUUCCUGUCGGGCUUGCAUCACCCAUCAUUUGAUGAAUUGCAAAGACUGCUUUUUCUGCAAAUCUCUCAUUACAAAGGUUGUUGAUGAUGAGGGAAAUGUCAUAUUUGAUACAGAUCAAAUGCAGCAAUUGCAUGAUGUUUGAUAUUUGAGUAGGAUGUAAUUGAACCUUUAAGACAUCAU